AUGAAGAUCGGGAAGACUACGGAGAUCUUGAAGAAGGCGGCGGCGGUGUGCAAGAGCAAGACCGCCAGGCUCCUCAUCCUGACCUCGCUUCAGCGUCGCAGGAUGAUCUCGGGCCCCAUGGUCUCUAAGAAGAUCCACGCACUUACUCUGGCCGACCGGCAGAGAGUGGACUAUCGCAAGGCUUUUGCGCACGGCACAAUCGAGAAGAGACUAGUCAUCGUCCAGGGCGGUGACUUUGCAGCCAAUCAGUCUCAUCAGUUGGAGAUGUUGGCUCAAGAUGAUGGUCAUGGUGGCUGCCAAGCUGACUGGUCACUACAUCCCCUCUUCAACGACGAUCAUGUCAACUGCUGUUACAGUGGUGAUGAUGAUGAUGCGGAUGUGCCACUGGAUGUGUGCGAUCAAGACGACGAUGAUGAGCUGUUGGUCCUGGAUAUGAUCAGGAGCAAGAGGGAGCAAGAGAGAGGCUGA